AUAAACUUAAUACGAAAUUCAUUAAUGGAAAUUUUAAAUUGAAUGACGAAUGUAUUGAUGGAAUUACAAAAGACGCUGCAAAUGCUGGUGGAUUUGCAUGUACAAAAGAUAAUAAAUUACUUCAAUGUUUACAUAAUAAAUUUAUUGUGAUUCAAGACUGUAUCAAGAACAAUUUAAUAUGUGCAAGUGUGCCAAACACACACCGUGAUGGGGUUUCAGUGGGAUGUCAAUUUAAAAAUGGUGGUAAUAGUCCCUCAUCAAGAAUAGAUAAUGCAAGAAAUUGUAAAAAAUAA